AUGGCCUCUUCAUCUUCAACUUCAACCGAUUCUUCUCUCCUUUCCAAACUCGAAUCCUGUAAUUCAACAACCCCUAUCUUCUCUCUCUUCUCCUCCUAUCUCCGCCCCUUAUCAGAUCUCAAAAAUCCGCACGACAAAACCCUAAUUCGAUCCCUCGCCAAAAAAUUCCUCUCCUUCCUCAACAAAUCCCUCUCUAUUCUCCCCAAACGCAUCUCCAAUGCCAAUGCACAUUCCAAAGACGAAAAACUCGUGUCUGAGCUCUUCGAUGUGUAUAGGCUUUGCUUAAAUUGCUUGGACUUGGUGUCGUCGCAGUUGGCGGGCAAGCCUUACUCCAUUCAGCUGCAGAGGAUGAGGUUAGUGCGCUGCUUGGAGGCCUGGGAGAAGUAUGAGGACACAGAGAGCGAGGGGGUUCGGGUUUUGGAGGGGCUUAGGAGUGUGGAUUUUGAUGGAAAAUCUUGUGAUGCGGAGUUUGCGUUGGUGUUUGUGGAGGUUGUGGUGGUGAUGGUUAAGUGUGCGGCGAUGAGGCAGAGGAAGGAUGGUGAAGUUUACAGGAGAGUGCUUGGGUUGGUUGAAGAGGCAAGGCACUGGUUCAGGGUAAUAGAUGCAAAUGCAUAUGAGAAGUUGCAUAGGGUACUCGUGUCUUAUCUGGGUAAAUGCACUCAUUUUUUGGUCGGAGAGCUAAUGCAUUUUAAUGGAAAUUUUGUAAGUGAAUUUUGUUUGGCAACAAUGACUGAGUAUGCAAAGGCAUCAAUGAAAAAUCAAAUUUACAAGUUCUCUCGCUGGAUAUGUGCAUCUCUGUUUUCACUAAAGGAGAAUAAGCACUCGGUUAUCAUCGAAAUAAUACUUUGUGUCUUGGAUUCUGUUGCCUCUCACUGCAAGGUUGAAUUAGGUAACAGUGGAAUUGAGCUGGUUGAACUCGUAUCGUAUUGUGCCUACAAAUGUCGUGCCACAUGUACAUUUUUUUGUGGUACUGUUGCAGGACAUCUAGAUAACAUAGCAGGUGACUUACCUCAGGUUAUGACACCUGUUGAUUUGAUUUUAAGGCUUUAUGCUGCUGGGUUGUACUUUACCAACUAUGGUACUGGUGGUGAUUUGACUUCCUCUAGAGGUGCGAAAAAGGAGUUUGCAAUCAGAAUUUUGCUUAAUGAUGGAGACAGACUACACAAAUUGGCCACUUUGCUUGGUUCAUUGGGAAGUUACUUUUCUGUUUGCUGCAAAGAGAAUUGUGUGUCAUCUAGAGUUGAAUAUGAGGGGUCUUUCAGUCAAAUAUGUUUACCGACAAAUUCUAAUCAUGAGGCAUCUACUAUAACUUUGAUGCAGAAAAAUAGAGAGGAUUUUAUGCUGUCUUACUUAAAUGCAUUGAAAUUCUUGUGCCAGCCACUUGCUGAGCAAAUUAAUUCAGAGAAAAAAGAGAUAGUUUCUGAAAUUGAAAGUACUCCGGGUCAUGAACAGCUCUGCAGUAUUCAGGAUGCGUUUUAUCAGCUUUCUGAUGCUUUUCUUUUUUGGCACAGCUAUACAUCUGAAAGAGACAAAGAUGGAUUUGAUGAUAACAAGACAGUACUUACUGUGACUGUGGCUGCUUUUAUUCUUUCAAUCAGAACAAAUUGUAAGAUGAAGAAGAGUUCUCGUCUAAUUAAGAACAUCAUUGCCAGUGAAUGGAUUGAACCUCAGGGACUAAAAUAUGUUUAUGCCUCUCUUUACAAUAUUGGUGUAUCUCUGUACAAAAAUAAGCAAGUGAAAGAGGCUUCAAAGGCGUUCAAAUUAUGUUGUAGAGCUUCAUGGACUUGUGUAGUACUUCUAUGCAAAUUGUUUAUACAGAAAUCAGAGGUUUCCCUUCAUGAUCUGUCUGAAGGUGCUAUUGUUGAUUUUGUUAAUGAGGCAUGCACAAGAAGUGCUUUCCUUUUGGAGUUUCUCCAUCAGUCUGGUAGUCAUAAGAUGAAAAAAGUAAUUGUUGAGAGUCUUGAAAAUUGGUCUGUUGCUGGCAAUUUGUUUAGAGUGCUGCCAGGUCCUAUGCCUUUGGUGAAAAAUUGGGUUAAGAUAGUAUGUAAACUUCGUGAGAAUGUAGAUGUAGAGGAUGUUGCUCCAUCUUUAUACAGUUUGCUGUCAUCUUCUGGAAUAGUGUCAAAGAAGACACUUGGCAUCAUUUUAGAGCAGGAGCUUCAUGCAUAUGAAGAAAUGAAUCCCUUGGGCCCAGAGUUGUGUCAAAGAAGGCAAAUGAAAAUUAUAAGUAUCCUUUUGCAAAACGUGUACAAUACAGAAGAUAGUGGGUUACAGAAAUCAAGAAUUUUACUCAAAAAAGCAAGGACAUUAAGGGCCAUGGGAAGGGAAUAUUUGAAGGAUUGUAUUCACUGCUUGUCAGAAGCAAUAUCGUUUAUGAAUGACAUGUAUGAAGACAUAUGUAGACGUGAAACUUUGCUUUGUCAUCUGUUAGCUGUGGCAUAUUGCUUACGUGCUCUAUGUACCCAGGAAGCUGAACCAAACUCUAAGCAAGUCAUCAAAGAUAUUGAUUCUGCCUUAAAUCAAUGGUUGAGCAUAUCCAUUUGCUCUACAAAUGAUGAGUGCAAUAUAGUCACGGAGAAUACAAUGCUACUAUUGUAUAAUGUAGGUGAUCUGUUAUCAGUGAAGGGUUGUAUGGAAAUUCACAAUGUCUUAUAUAAACUGAUGAUUAGAUUUUUAAAAUGGAAGAAUGUUCCAUUGGAAAAGUGCUUGUCCAUUUUUUGGGAAAGUAGAAGGCUUAGUCAUGCUCUUUGCAUUUCACCUGUAAAUGAGGGGUUUCUCAUGAACUUAGCAGAGCAAUGUGGUGAAAUUUCCAAGUCUAUUGAUUUUUGGGUAUGCUGUUUAAAGGAAUCUCAACCAUUAGUAGUUGGAUUCCAACAGAAUCUCUCACUUUUAUUUGCUGAUAUUUGUGAAAGUCCUAAUCAACCAUACAUCACAAUUGCUGAUGUGAAAGAGGCUGCUUCUGAACUCAUUUCAAGCGUUUCUCUACCCCCUCGUUCUGUUUUCCUUGUUGGAUAUCUCUACUAUGACUUGUGUGAAAGACUCACUGCAAAGGGACAACUGUUUGAGGCUCUUUCAUAUGCCAAAGAGGCCCACCGACUUCGUACUCAACUCUUUCAAGAGAAAUUUUCAUAUUCUAGUGACCGGCAGGUUGAAAAGCAUGAAGCAGGGGACCUCAUGCAGAAGCUAACUUAUGCUUGUAAAGAUUUCCAAGUAACCAGAUCUAUUACUAGUCAAGUUUGGUCUUUUGAUGUUACUUCGUGGAAUGUGGAUGAUUGUUAUCUUAGUCCAUGGAAUGUCCUACAAUGUUAUCUUGAAAGCACUCUCCAGGUUGGAAUUGUCCAUGAAUUAGUUGGAAAUGGCACUGAGGCUGAAAGCUUCUUACUAUGGGGAAAAAGCAUCUCCUACUUACAAAGUUUGCCACUAUUUAUAGUUGCCUUUUCAUCUGUCCUAGGUAAACUAUACCGUAAGAAACAGCAUUGGGAUCUGGCAGAAAAAGAACUUAAAAGUGCUAAACAGAUAUUGGUGGAGAGUGGCAAGAAUUUCUCCUGCUCAAAGUGCAGAUUGAUGCUGGAAGUCACUGUUGAUCAGCAACUUGGUGAUUUAUCCCGCAGCCUCUUUGAUGGUGCUACUGGGAAUACUUCGAUGGAAAGAUUAUCUCAUGCUGAAAAUAUUUACAAAUCUGCGUUAGACAAACUAAAUCUUUCUGAGUGGAAAAAUUCAAUCAGUUUUCCUGAAGGAGAAAGCUCUGAGAGUAUAUUUCUUAAGAAACCUUUUGUACAAAAUCAUUAAUAUGUGGCUAGCAAUACAUUUUCUGAUUCUUCCAUAUAUUAUCCAGAUACAAUGGAAAUUCUUACAAGGGAUGGGUCAGUUGCCAAGAUGGAGGGGAAAAAGUCUAGAAAGCUGAAGAAUGCACCAACAACCUUGCUAAAAGAUCAAUCUUUGAUACCUGAGUCCAAUUCAAGGAUUACGCGUUCCAAAUACCGAUCUUCUCAAAACCAAUGUGUAAAUGGUUCCAUUGAGGUGCAAGCAGGCCUUUCAAAACAUACCAAAGGCAACACUUCAUCUGAUUUUUCAAAUCCUCUUAGUCAAAGGGAGUCAGUCUUGGAGACAAAAAGUUGUAUUGUUGAUACUGGGUGUGAAGCUACUUGCAUUUGCAAUAAAAUGAAGUGUUGGAAAUGCCUUCGUGUGGAAGUUAUUGAAUCUGGGUUACUAGACAAUUUUGUACAUAUAAAGUGGGAAUUUAUUCGCAGGCGUCUUUCACUGAGAGUACUUACUGGCAUAGGAAAAUGCUUAGGAAAUCGUGAUCAAGCUCACGAGGCACAUGAAAUUAUUUCACAAAGCCUAUCUGUCCUAUUCAGCAGAAACUCAUUCUGCCAUACCCAUUCUUCUCUUCCUCCAACAUUUCUUCUUGAUUUAAUUGGUAAGGAGUACUCAGGAGAUGUUUUUGCUGUUGAGCGUGCGGCUGUACUUUACAACAUUUGUUGGUUGUCUUUGAAGGAUUACCAUUCUACGAAAACAAGGAAUAUUUGCUGUGAUUUGUCUCACAUUCAGUUGCAGAAAAUAGUUCCUUGGUUGAUGAUAGCCUUUGUGCUCUGCCGUGAGGUUCCCAUUCUUUUUCAGAAGGUUUCUAGAUUGCUUGCUGUUGUGUUUAUACUUUCUUCUUCAAGCAAGCUUUUUUCUCUUUCAUCUUCUUGCAAAGUACUAUCUGAAAGUCAUUGGGCUUCUUUUUUCCAUCAAGCUUCACUUGGUACUCAUCUUAAUUACCAGUUCCUAUCAAACAUAAGUUGCAGAUAUAAAGGCCAACUCCUUCUGGAUGUUGAGGUAAGCAUGCAAUUUACUAGUCCCAUUUUCCCAAAAUUUUU